UAUAUAAGGUGUGGACGUGCAUUGCUGGUUAAUUUGCAUGUAAAGCAACAAGGGCCAGCUAAGUGCAUUUAGUUUUCCUUUGAAUAACGUGAAAUAUUCAUCAUACAGAGCAAUGGUGAUGUGAUGGAGCUGCACAUGCACCUGCACCUAGCUACAGGGAGGGUAGAGAAAGAGGUGCUGGAACUUCUCUCUCCAUGCAUGCAUGGUGUUCUUGAUACUGCUCUCCCUUCCUAGGUGCAGUGGUAGAUGCAGCUCCAUGAUAACUAUUUCAAGGGCAGAAGCUACUCUUUUUUUCACCUUCUUUUUGGUUACUUGAGCGAGUCCCGUAUCCUCUUCCUAACUUUGUAGGUGCUGUCGAAGAUCGAUGUAGCUGUAUCACAACGCUUCCAGAUUAGAAAGUCAAGUGUAGCACAAUUCGGGAAACGGAAAAGGAGUCAAAGGAUGGCAGAUAAAUUAAUUUUUCAGAUAUAUUAUGGUGAGGAUGAAAUUAGGUACGGUCCUAACAGUAUAGAUCUGUCUGGAUUUCGUCAUGUCAUGAAGGGUCUUAGUAAAGCUAAUGAGAGGACCAUUGUGGGUGUGUGCAAAUGGCUCAUGCGGUUUUUCCAACUGGAUCCGCAACAACAUGAGCUGAAAUUGAAAGUUGUCCUCAGCUGUGCUAGUCAUGGAUAUUUUAGUGAGCUUGUUCCCAUCGAAGCCACAUCAACUUGGAGACAGUAUAUAGAUAUAUGUUGUGAACGUGACCGGCCACUUGUUUUGUUAGCUGAGGCGUACCUGAAAGAUCAAACUGAGGUGAACUCUGCGGAAGCAGUAGCAGGACCAAAUGAGGCAGUGGAAGAUGAAUCAGAGGCGGCUAAUGUCGGGUCCAGGGAGGAUGUUGGUGAUAUUCCUGAGCUGCAAUCGAUGGGUGUAGCUGAUGAAGGGGAGUACAUCCCUAGCAUCAUUGAAGAUAUGGAUUUGGAGGAUGAAGAGUUGGAGGAAGGCCUUGCCGAUGGGGAUUCGUCUAACGAGGAGCGUAAUGCUCCAGUUCUUGCAGAGUGGAGGGAUCAUGAAUUUUCGAAGCUGGUGGUUAGCGAGGCUGACCGGACAACGUGGAAGUACCAUAAGAACGAGGUGUCACAUGGUGUUAUGUACCCUACAAAAGAGGCAGUUAUUGAUGCAGUGAAAUUCUGAUCGUUGUCUCUUCGGAGGCAAUUUAAGGUUGUUAAAUCCAAUAAAAGGGAGUACGAUGUGAAGUGUUUGGUGCCGCAAUGACCUUGGCGGGUGCACGCAUUCAGAGGGAAAUGGGUAGACUAUUAGCAGUGCUCAAUAGUUAAGGAACAUAAUUGUCACAUUGAGGAAAUAGAUUUCGCCCACCGGAACCUAUCUUCUGCUUUUAUUGCAAAUGUUAUAUACAUGGAGAUUAUGGACAACCUAAGGUAUGAGCCACGAUCAAUAAUCCGUGCUAUUGAGCAAAGGUUUCAGUACACAAUAAACUAUGCGAAGGCAUGGAGGGCCAAAAAAAAGACUAUUGAGAUGAGGUUCGGAACAUAUGAAGAUUUAUAUCACAAUCUACCUCGUCAAUUAGCCAUAAUUUGUGGAAGAAACCCAGGCAGCUACUAUGAUAUCAAGCAUUACCCCUCUACUGAUGUGGAGUACAGCGGAAAAAGAGUGUUGCUGCGUGCUUUCUUUGCAUUCGUUGCAACUAUCAAAGAAUUUCGAUAUUGCCGACCCAUCAUAUGCCUAGAUGGAACAUUCCUGACUGGGAAGUACAAAUGGCAGAUAUUGUCUGCAAUUAAGUUAAUACUUUCAGCAAAUUAAGUUAAUAUUGUGCUCAGGUUACUUCGGUGACGAGGCCGGAGGCUCCGGAACCCGGAUAUUCCAGAUUCACCGGGAUACUCUGGGUCGGGCCAACAAAAGGCUGUAACAAAGCGCCUCUUCCGAACGUUCACCCGGAGGGUCUGAACUCGGACACUCCGAACCAAUCCGGAUACUCCGGAUGGCUGUUAUUUUCUAGAUUUCGUUUAGAUCGUUUAGUAUUGCAUUGACUCACAUGUCUUAUACUUCAUACCUUGUUUAGCAUCUUAUCUAGUUUCUUUGGAAGUUGCGAGUUUUUUGCACAAAGACACAUGGAAUGGUCCUGAAUGGAACAUAUGGUUCAUAUUCCAUCUGUGGAGUCAUGCUGCCAUAGAAGUAGUCUUCUUGCUUUGUCUCUCUAAUUCUUUUGCUUCCGCUUGAACGUUUUGAGGUGCGUUGGGUGAGAAAUAGGAAAAGACCAUCUAUUUCGAAAGAAAUUUGUUGAGGCGCCUAUUCACCCCCCUCUAGUCGUCAUUCUCGUUCCUACAGAUCUAAACCUUGAGAUGUGAGAUUCCACUUUCUGAGAGACUAUAAUGAGAAAGGAGACAUUGAGUUGAGCUACAUAGAUACCCAACAUCAGUUAGCCGAUAUCUUUACCAAGCCUCUAGAUGCAACAAGAUUUGCCUUUUUGAGGGGAGAGCUUGGUGUGUGUCAUCCCUAUGACAUUGUGUGAGGAGGAGUUGUCUUUGUACAUACUCUAUCUUACUUUUAUUGCAUUUGGAUUGCAUAGCAUUUUGUAAUAUAAUCAUGUUAGCAAGCUUCACUUAUAUGUUCUUUGCACUUUCUUGUACUAGUUGUGAAUUUGUGCUAAGUGUAGUAGAUGUAUAACAAUUUGUGCAAAUUUAGUCUCUUACAGAAACAUGGCAUAGAAUCUGUUGAGCAGGCUUGUCUUUUCUAAAGAAUAAACUUGAAAUAUGAAUAUGAUCUCUUGUCACCCUUGAGUAUUUGCUUUAGCUUAAUCAGUGCUUAAAUUAGGGCUAGUUUUGUGAAAAGCUUGUGCUAGGCCACUUUGAUCAGUUCAGCGGAUUGGGGGUCUUUGACCUUUGUCUAUGUAAAUGUUUAGCCUAUGAUUAACCCUUGGGAGAGCAUGUGCUCUUUUGUGUCGCAAAUGCACAACUUGUUUUGGCUUUGUGAAAAAUUGCACAUCUUGAAAUUCUAUGUUGAGUUAAUAAAAUGAAUGAUCAAGUUUUGAGCUAAAAUUGAAUCCAAUACGGUGGCUUAAGGCUUCAUGUGGUUUGCUAAAGAAGUGAACCCAUGGUUGCGUAAAACUCACUUGAGGAUAGUUAAAUGAUCAAUGAGAAAGUUAACUUGUGCUUUUUAAUGUGCUAAGAAUGUUCUUUUUCAUAUUGUCAAACUAAGGCUUGGAUUGAUAUGUGGGUGUUUGCAUAGCCCGUCGAGUUGAACUUGGUUGCCUAGUUUGAACUUGAUAUAACACUAGUUUCUCUAAUCUUUGCACUGAUCAUGAAACUGUGGAUGCUUUUGUGGUGAUAUCUUUUGAAUAAUUGAACAACAUGAUCAAAACUUGCUUCACUCCCGGUGCUUGUGACAUGAACUCACUUCGAGACUUUGUGCGCCUUUGAGUUAUAUUAUUUACUUCUCAUAGUGCUUUGAUAUCUCUAGUUCUUGCAAGUGCUUUGUGAUCUAUAUGUGAAGCUUUGUAGACUUGCAUUUCAUUUGCACAUCUUUUGCAUAGUCUGUUUGUUUCAUCUUUUGGUUUUUGACCAGCAUAAAACAGUAGAAACUAAAACAAAUAGGAUCUUGAGAAACCAAGUUAAAAUGUGCCGUGGUUUUCUUGUGAUGAGUGAUUGACAUUAUCAUUUAUUUGGUUUGAUGAUCUUCGGUUUUGCAUGAGCUUUGAUGUGAUUCAAAUUGAUUUAAGAUUUCAUUUGAGCAUAUUGAUUAUGGACUAAUUGGAAUUGGAGUUGGAGAUAUGUGUUUGCUUGUCUUAUGGUGUGCAAGUGAUGGAUGCAACUUGGCGGUCAACGGCGGGAUGAUCGAGGUCAAACGGAGUGCUUGGUGUCAGACAAUCAAGGAGGCCGGGCGGAGUCAAGGGUGAUCCUAGCUGAACACGUGGAGGUCAAGCAAAGCAUUGAAGGCGGAUGGAGACGGCGUGUUGACAAAGUCAAGCGAAGGGGAUGCCGGUGCAAGUGACAAGGCGGCCCGAGGGAUCUGGAGCGGGAGAGACUUACCGGCGGUCAGGAUCGCAUGACGGAGUACACGCGUCGAUAUCAAAGCGCUUGCUUAAGGUGUAAGCAAUGCGGUGAGUCACGCUUUGAGAAGCGUGCAGGCGGUUUCGCUGUUUGGCCUCAAAACCGUGGGAGGACUUAUGUGGCACCAUCGCGAAGCUUGCGUCGAGACGAUGCUAAGUCGAGAAGGCGCUGCGGCCAUCCGAUGAAUGGAGAAGAAAAUAGACCAAAAUACCCUCGGUGGUAGUAGGCGUGCACUACAAGAGAGGAGUAUUUUGGGGAAAAGCUAGGAAACUUAAGGGCCAAAUUUUCUAGGCCUAUAAAUAGAGGGGUAGGACUAGAGAGAGCUUUGAACCAGCCACUUGAGCCCCCUUGUGCCACUCAUUUGAGAGCCUUAGAGCUAGGUUUUUAGAGGAGAGAAGGAUGAGUGCUUAGCCUAUGUAAUAUGUGAGAGUUUUGAGAGAUAAAUCUUUAUAAUCCGCCUAAAAUAGGGCUGACCUCUUUGAGUAAUUAAGUUUAUAUUUUUG